AUGGCGUCUUUGGCAGCAGGAAGCGCUAUCAAGGUGAAAUGUGAUCGCGAGGACCCUUGCAUGAACUGUGUAGAUGCACGAGCAGAAUGCUUGCGGACCCGUCAAUCACGAGUUCACCGGCCGCGGGUUUCACGCCUCGACGCCAUAGCCGAAAGACUAGCCAAACUGGAAAGAACAAACGAGGAUAGUUACAUCUUCUCUUCUCCUCCAGAAACUGACGAUACAAGCCGAACAACGGCCUCAUCGCCUCGAACAAAACUCACUGACUCCGCGUGGGUCUCUGCAAAAAGAAAACUUCCAUCGAUAUUGUCCCACCAUGAAAGUCCUUCGGGUCAACCAGAGCUCAAGCGACGAAUGUCGCACAAUAUCGACCCGAAGACUCACAACGAGCGACAUUCUCCAGACGCAACGCGCCAUGCUAGUGAAGCACGAGAAUACAUCGAACAUGAGCUGCAAUGCAACCUGACUCUUUCGCAGGAUAGACGAACGACCUUGGAAAUGGCUCGGAAAUUCGUGGGUCAGCUCUCGAAUCCGGGAUUACACGGUCAGAAGGUCGGUGCGGGGGAGCACCUGGAGAUUGCUGAUAACUUGGGUCCUCCGACUCUUACGCCGGAGAUGCUAUAUAUGAUGCUACCAGGCCCCGAUAAGAAGACUAACUCCCAAGGGACAUAUGUUUGGCCUGAUCACAUUUCCGACAAGACGCUAGAGCGAAUGGGCCUUGCAAUCAUUGAAGGCAGUGAGAGCGAACACGUCCUGCACCUCUAUCGAAUCAGCGUUUGGGUGAAAGCGCUAUCCUGCAUAUCAAAGAUGGCACCCAUGAUCUCAAGCGAGCCAUUGCGAGUUCAUUUUAGAGCAUUGAAAAAGCAAUACGAGGCCGCAGCUGUGGAGGAGCUAGAUUCGAUUUCUCUAACCGCUGCGCCGAGUCUAGCCUUGCUCCAAGCCCUGCUAUCAGGCAAACGGCUCAUGCAAUACCUAGGCAACAUGUCUCGCUGCUGGAUGUUCACAGCCCUCGCAUCAAGAAUCAUCGUCGCCCUCAAUUACCACAACAUCACAGAUCCCAUUCCACGAAAUGAAGUAGAAGAGGAUAUUCAUGCGUGUGUGUAUACAUGCUACUACUUCGACAAAACCCUCAGUGUCCUCCUCCUCCGACCCCCCUCGUUACCAGUCCUCAAAGUCGAACCGGUGAAAUUAAUCCAUAUGGACCCGGAUCUCCCGACAACGCCCAUGAUCCGGGGAAUCGUCGAGUACGCCCAUAUCAAGAGUACGCUCGUCGACAUCCUACUCGACUCGAACAAGGAGAUGCGAGAAAUGGAUAAGGCGAGUGUACUUUCUAACCUCGUGGCCCGCGCACACGCGAUUUACUCGGACUUGCAAAAAUAUCGAAAUCGCCAGGAACUAGAAUUCCCAGACUCAUGGGGUAAUCUUCGUUGCGAGUGGCUUUCAAUGGACUUCAACUACUACUCCGUUCUAGCAACGAUUAUCCGCGCAAGAUCCUCGGUGCUCAAGUCCCGGCUCGUCUGUGAGGAUUGUCUUUACGCGGCUCGGAAAGCUCUCACCACCCUCCGGGCUUUGCAGGAGGCAUUUUCCAGUCGUGCUACUUCCGUUGAUUCCUAUCCGUAUUUCUUAACAUGGACAAUGCUCCUAUUCCCCCUAUCUCCCUUCUUCAUCCUAUUCUGCAACGUUGUAGCAACAUCAGACCAGCGGGACUUCGAAAUGAUCAAGAAAAUCACCGAUGACCUCCGACAGUUUGCAAAGGCGAAUGCCUCCAUCGGUAAAUUGUAUGGUCUAUUUUCCAAGUUCUUGGAUCUUUGUGCGCCGUUGAUUAAAGCGAAUUCCGCCCCUCUAGCCGCGGCCAGUUCUUCGUUUGUCGCAGAGGAUUCGAGUAGGAAAGCUGCUGCUCAAAUUCGAACUUCUAAUUCGGUUACUUUUGGUCGGGGGUCUGCGCAGGCUAUGGAUUUGCCGAGUCCAGUGGCUACCAAUAAUAGGGUAGCUCACAGUGGAGGUGUGACACAGCCUAUGGAGGGUUGGGAUGAUAGUCUUAUGUGGGAAUUGUUUGAUAAUCAGCCCUCUCUUGGGUGGGCGGAGUCGGAGCUUUGGGAUGCGCUCACGCAGUUGAGCUCUUAA